UUAUCUCCGGGACACCCUUCAUACUGGUAUAAUCUUCGGGGAGUUCUUACAGAUUUCUCAGCGUUUUCCUGCAGUGCCUGGACGAGGGGAACUGCUCGUGUUGCUGGUUGCGACUUUCCGUGUUGGAUCAAGCUCGCUGUCAAUACGGCUGAUCGGAAGGUUUCAACUUCGGGAGUUUUUGUGUCACUGGGACGGAUAGCCCGCCAUGGCUGCUGCCAGCCUGUCUCGGCAACGCCACCCCGUCCGACUCCUCGCUGCCAGGCUUUGCACCGGCCUCCCGUCUCUAGCUGCGUCGCAGCCGGCCACGUCAGCGCCAGGUCAACUUCCCCCAACUGUUUCUUUCUCUACCGCUAGCGCAGUCACGCCAGCUCCUGCGGCGGGCGGCGCGAGCCCGAGCGCGCCGAGCCGUGCCGGGCCGCAGCUGCCGGCGUUCGACCACGUGCCGGCGCCGUACACGGGGCCGCGCGCGGAGGAGGUGCUGAGGAAGCGGAAGCAGUUCCUCAACCCCGCCAUCUUCGCCUACUACAAGAAACCCCUGCAAGUGGUGGAGGGCCGUAUGCAGUACCUGUACGACGAGGACGGGCGGCGGUAUUUGGACGCGUUCGCGGGCAUUGUGACGGUGUCGGUGGGCCACUGCCACCCCGCGUUCGUGGCGGCUGUAGCGAGGCAGAACGCGCUGCUGCAGCACACCACGAGCAUCUACCUCAACCACCACAUCGCGGAAUAUGCUGAAGAGCUGGCCGCUAAGAUGCCGGGCAACUUGAAGAGUGUCUACUUCGUGAACUCGGGCUCCGAGGCGAACGACAUGGCGUUGACCAUGGCCCGCCUGUACACGGGCAACUAUGACGUGGUGGCUCUGCGCAACGCAUACCACGGCAUGUCGCCCGCCACCAUGGGGCUCACUGCCCACAGCACGUGGAAGUUCAACCUUCCCCAGGGCUUUGGCAUCCACCAUGCAGUCAACCCUGAUCCCUACAGGGGCGUGUUUGGUGCUGACGCAACAAAGUACGCUGCUGACGUGGACGACCUUAUCCGCUCGUCCACGUCAGGCCGUGUGGCCGGCUUCAUUGCGGAGACCAUUCAGGGGGUGGGCGGCACAGUGCCUCUGACACGUGGCUAUCUGCCAUUGGUGUACGAGUCUAUAAGAGCAGCAGGGGGCGUGUGCAUUGCAGACGAGGUGCAGACGGGGUUUGGGCGCACGGGGUCGCACUACUGGGGGUUCGAGACGCAGGGGGUGACUCCAGACAUCGUCACCAUGGCCAAGGGCAUCGGCAACGGCUUGCCGCUAGCAGCGGUGGUAACCACCCCGGAGAUCGCAGCGGUGAUGGCGCAGCGGCUGCACUUCAACACGUUUGGCGGCAACCCUGUGAGCUGCGCUGGUGGCAGGGCAGUGCUGCGCAUCAUCGAGGAGGAGGGGCUGCAGGGGAACUGCGCUCAUGUGGGCGGCCACCUCAUGCACAGGCUGCAGGGGCUGAGGGAGAAACAUGAGGUGAUCGGAGACGUCAGGGGAGCAGGUCUAAUGCUGGGGGUGGAGCUGGUGACAGACAGGGUGGCCAAGACUCCCGCCAAGGCAGAGACGCUGCAAGCAUUCGAGCGCCUCAAAGACCUGGGAGUGCUGGUGGGCAAGGGCGGGUACCAUGGGAAUGUGUUCCGUAUCAAACCGCCCAUGUGCUUCACCAAGGCAGAUGCAGACUUCCUCGUGGACUGCUUGGACUUGGCGCUCUCAGAACUCUAGUCAGAAUGCUGGCUUCGUGGCCAACAAAAUCCUUGGAAUUGACAUAUGUUUUCUCCCCGAGUACAUGACACGUCUCAUCGAUGCACCACCAUGCCAAUCAUUGUACAUUCUCACCAUGUCAUAUUCUCUUGUACACUUGUCACAAACACGAGCCUCUAAACAUAUUCCAACACUAGGCAAUACGCA